AUGAAGCUUUUUUCUAAAAUAAUAGGAGAAAUUUUAAAGCAGUUUUACAAUAUAUUUAUAUUUAAAUCGUUAUUUAUCAAAGCUACUGUUAACAAUAUAUUCAAUAUUAUUAAUAAACAUGAACAAACUAAACUCUUUAAAACAGUUUACUUUCUUAUGAUUGUGAUUGUAGUAUUUUGUAUUGUAAUUGGAUUAUUUGCUUCUAAUUAUCAUAUUAGAGGCAUUGCUAUACCAAUAACAGGAGGAUUUUUAAUUUACGAAUUAUUAACAUCGAUUUUAAUUUUACUGAUAUUUUAUGAUUGGGAAGAAUAUUAUAAAGAACAAAAAAAUGAACGUUUUGUUGACAACUUUACAAAUUAUUUUGAAAUAGAUAUAUUAAAAGAGAAAAAAUGUUUCGCCGUAUUCACGAUUUUAAAUGUUUUUUUAAUUAUUUUAGAUAGCACUUCAAAAAAUUUUGUAUUAAAAUUUUUUUCUCCUUGUGUAGAAUUAUCAAUUUACAUAAUAGUACACGCAUCAUUUAAUAGAUUGAUAAGCAUUGAUAAGACUUUGGUAUUCUUAGUUCUAGUAAUCAUGAGUCUGAAAACAUGUUUCAAAUCUUUUUUAAGUAGUAGGGAUAUAACUGUAGUUUUUAAUAUAACUAGAUAUGAUAUUUUUUAUUUAAUAACAUCUACCAUCUUAUUUAUUCUAUCAUUAUAUGUAAAGUUUGUUCGAGAUAUUCUUGUUAAUAUAAUUUUAUCUAUUUUUUACAGUAUUAUUUUAAGUCUUUUUAUUUCAACCAUUUAUUAUGGAACAGAUGACUUUUUUAACCGCUUAAAAAUAUCUUUAUUAGAUGAUAAUGAGGAAGAUUUUACUAUUUUUGAUGAUAAAAUUGAGAUAGAAAAUAUAUUUAUAGGAUGUUUCAUACUUUAUCUUAUUACUAUAUUUUUUACAUGGAGAUUAUUUUGGAAAAAGAAAACUAUUGUUAAGAUGGAUUAUUAA